AUGUUUGCGCUUUCGCUGCCGCUAGUCGGUUCCAUCAUUGUCUCGAAUUUGAGAGUAGGACUACUCAGAAACUCCUACGGGUCACCUACGCCACUGUGGGCUGUCAAGAUUCCGAUUCCCCGACUAUACUCUUUGCUGGUGGAUUGUAUGGGGGGGCGUUGGAAUGGGCUCUGGAUCGACCAUCUGUGCCAUCAGAAAAAUGUCCGCGUGGUGAUCAUCGAUCGGCCAGGGUUCGGCGGCUCGACGGCCGUGGCCCUGGAUCAACGAAUCCCCGUGUGGCUUGAGACGGUGCCUAUUCUACUACGAUAUCUCAAAGUUGACAAGGUUACUCUCGCGGCGCACAGCAGUGGAGUCAUUUAUUUAUUCAACACGGUCUACCAUUUGCCAGAGAUCUUGACUCCGAAGCCUACGAUCUAUCUCAUUUCCCCUUGGGUUCAUCCGUCCAAAUCGGGCGCAAAGAUGCUGACCAUCGCGAGCGCUAUGCCUGCAGGGCUUGUUACCGGGUGGAACAAGAUGACUUCCUUCCUGGUGAAUCGGCUCAUGCCCUCGUCAGCCCCGGCCGACCAAGGAAAGAAGAAAAACAAGAAAGACCCACAAUCCGACAGCGCGAUCACUGCGGACGAGAAAACCUUGUUGGAGACGUGCGGGCUCUCCUUAUCAGCCAAACAACCCACGCGUGAUUACUUCGUCAAAAUGUUUUUCGAAGAGGACACCUCUGGAGUCGCAGACGAGGCCAAACUUGGCCUCAAGACGGGUUCGGGUGUCUCAUGGGGGAUAUGUGAUGACUAUGAGACUUUCGCGACCCAUUUAGCCGAAAAAGUGGGUAAAGACAACAAACUCCACAUCGUGGCUUACUUUGGAGAGAAGGAUGGGUACGUGGGCAAGGGAGGCUGCCAGUAUUUUCAGCGGGUAUGGGAAAGCGACACGGCCCGCCAAUCCAUUUCGGCCGAAGUUCAUGAAAUUCCAGGAAUGAACCAUGAUGAUCUGACACUGCCAGAACACGGGGUUCUUGGCCGAAUCUUCGAUUGGGCCUCCCACUAA